CCAGCUGGGAGGGAUGCCCGCGCCGCGCAGCUCGCGUUUUAUUUCUUUCCCAUUCGCUCGGCGCGCCCCAUUCGUCUCGCCUCGCCUCGCCUCGCCUCCCGCGGCGCGCUCGCCACCGACGACGCGCGCCACCCCCCAAUAAUAGGCGCCGGAUCGGGCGAGGGCCACGGAGCGAGCGAGCCAUGGGCGUCCACGCGGCGCCCUUCCCCUUCCCCCUUCCCCGCCGGCAGGACGAGGACGACGAUGCCGACGACACCAUCGUCCUCGGCGGAGGCGGCGGCCGCUGGGGCGCCGCCGCGAUGGCGGAGGACGAGGCGGAGCAGUCGCCCACGCCGCCGCCCAUGUCCUCCUGCGGCCGCUACAUCCUGCACCGCGUCUGCCGCUUCGACACGCUCGCCGGCGUCGCCAUCAAGUACGGCGUCGAGGUGGCUGACGUGAAGCGGGUGAACGGCCUCACCGCCGACCUGCAGAUGUUCGCGCACAAGACGCUGCGGAUCCCGCUCCCCGGCCGCCACCCGCCCGCCCAACAUUCCCCUCCCUCCUCCUCCCCGGCCGCCACCGCCGCCGCAAGGGAAUGGACUACGCGCCGGCCUCCCAAAAAUGCCGCCUUGGACCCGUUCCAGAAACCGCCGCGCAGCACGGUUUCGCCGUCCAUGAGCCUGUUGCAGGGAUACUACGGCCUCGCGCCACCUCCCAAGCGGGACCUGACAGACGAAGGCGCCCAAAUGGGGACGGCUGUUAGAGGCCAGCAUAGGAAAGCGAGGAGCAUAUCGACCGGCUUCCCUGGUGUGAACGGGGAUGCCGGCUGGGAGACGGAUGACGCUGAAAAGCAGAUAAGGCGGCGCCAGAAGGCCGAUCUCGAGCUGACAACGAUGAGGGAGGACAAUGGCGGUGCCCUGUUGCCGAGGACCGGGGAAGGCUUGGCGCUGAGGCCAAAGUCGGGAAGUCGGCCAGACAUGAAUAGCAGCCAGCAGGAUCUCGUCGCGGCAGGGUUCGUGCCUUCGUAUGGCGACGGCCUGCUCGCCGUCAGGAAAUCGUCCAGCACCCCUGAGUUCCAGGACUCAGACAACAACAUUGCUUCGGUGUGGCUGAGCAAGUGGAACCUGAAACCAGACGCCUUCGCUGUGCCUCUCCCAAUCCUGCUCCUGGACAGCCUUCCGAAGCCGCUCUUCGACAGCCUCCCGAAGCCCAUUGCUGCAUGGAGGAACAAGGCAGCCCGGGAUUAACAUCCAAGGCUCACAGCUCAUCGAUACAACGCCUUUUAAUUUAUUGAUCGGUGUAUGCCGGUGAUUGUAGUCCAGGUGCAACAAGGGGUGAGGAGUUGGCUUACAUUGUCUGGUUCGGGAGUACGUUUACAUGGUCCGGUGUGGACGGUGGGCAUUGUCGCAACCGAGAGGUGCGCUUCUUCUUCUUCUUCUUCCAUGAGCUACAGAGAUGAUGCUUAAAAGACAGAGUUGGAUACAGUGAUACAAUAGCUCUACAUAUACAUAGUGUACUGAACCUGCUGCGCCGCGGCGAUGGCAGCAGCAGGAGCAGUUUGUUUCCUUUUUAUGAGUUGUUUGAGGAUAUAUUCUUUGUCUUUUGUACGCGACGCAGAACUGCAGAUAGACAACAUACAUAUAGGAGGAUCAAAGGGAAACGAGAGGCAGUAUGUUGUACGUACACUAAUGAAGGAGAAUGGACUUUGUUA